AUGGCAGUGAAGAGACACACCAAGCAGGAGACCCUGGCCCUGCGGAAGCAGCUUAUCGGCAGUUCCUGCCAUCUUUUUUAUUCUGAUGAUCCUGUGAAGAUUGUCCGGGGCCAAGGCCAGUACAUGUACGAUGAGAAAGGGACGGAAUACCUUGACUGCAUCAACAACGUGGCUCAUGUUGGGCACUGCCACCCUCACGUGGUCCAAGCUGCGCAUGAACAAAAUGGAGAGCUCAACACCAAUAGCCGAUUUCUACAUGACAACAUAGUGAAUUACGCCCACAGGCUGUCCCAAACGCUGCCCAGGAAACUCUGUGUGUUCUACUUCCUGAACUCAGGGUCGGAAGCCAAUGACCUGGCCCUGCGGCUGUCGCGCCAGUAUACUGGACACCGAGAUGUGGUGGUGAUUGACCAUGCUUACCACGGGCACCUGACCUCCCUCACUGAUAUAAGCCCUUACAAGUUCCGGGAACUGGACGGACAGCCGGACUGGGUCCACGUGGUCCCCCUCCCAGAUAUCUACCGGGGCAUUUACCGGGAAGACCACCCAGAUCCAGCCACGGCAUACGCAGACGAAGUGAAGAAAGUGAUCGACGAGGCCGAGGAUAAGGGCAGGAAGAUCGCGGCCUUUUUUGCUGAGUCUCUGCCCAGCGUGGGAGGCCAGAUCAUUAUCCCGCCUGGCUAUUUCCAGAAGGUAGCAGAGCACAUCCGGAACGCUGGAGGAGUUUUUGUGGUUGAUGAGAUUCAAGUUGGCUUUGGCCGAGUAGGCAAGUACUUCUGGGCCUUCCAACUGCAGGGGGAGGACUUUGUCCCUGACAUCGUCACUAUGGGCAAGCCCAUUGGCAACGGCCACCCCAUCGCCUGUGUGGCCACGACCCAGGACAUUGCUACAGCCUUUGGUUCCACGGGUGUCGAGUACUUCAACACGUUUGCGGGAAGCCCUGUUUCCUGUGCAGUGGGUUUGGCAGUGUUGGACGUCCUAGAGAAGGAGCACCUCCAGGCCCAUGCUGACCAUGUGGGAGAGUUCCUGAUGGGGCUGCUGAAGGAGCAGCGGGAGAAGCAUCCCAUCAUUGGCGAUGUCAGGGGUGUUGGGUUGUUCAUUGGUGUGGAUCUGAUCAAAGAUAAGGCAACAAGGACGCCAGCCACAGAAGAAGCUGAUUAUUUGAUUUCUAAGUUAAAGGAUAACCAUAUUUUGUUGAGCACAGAUGGACCUGGAGGAAACGUCCUGAAAUUUAAGCCUCCAAUGUGCUUCAAUAUGGACGAUGCCAGAUUAGUUGCAAACAAAAUUGACACAAUUUUAACAGAAAUGGAGAAAACCAUGAGCAGCUGUGAAACCCUUCAAAGUCCCGAAUGAGCUGGCUAGGUCUUCCCUGGGAAACCUGGGUUCAGAGAAUAUCCCAAAAGGUGCUUCGAACCCUGCCAGUUCAUCCCAAGGUGACAAGAAAUUCUAUCUAACUCGAUCUAGUCACCAAAAAUUUACCUUGUAACAGCGGCUAAAACAACCAGACCUGUUAAAGCCAAACAAAAGCUUCUGUUGCCAUACACCUUAACAAUUCUGGUGAGCACAGGCUGGAAGGCAAAUGGGCCAGUAAUGAGACCCAAACUUCUUUUCCCCAAGAUAUUCAUCCCCACCCACAUUUUUAGGUGUUAUACACUAUAGCCACACUAACCGCUCUAUUACUGUUAUUAAAGGCAUCAGACGUUGGGUCAAAGUGGUUAGAAAAUUAAGUUCAGAAAAGAAAACAGGGAAGAUGUCAAUCCUGGUUUCUACCAUUUUGCCUUGGGACAAAUGACUCAACUCUGCUCUGGGCCUUAUUUAGGCUUGAAGACCUAAAUGUCUUCUUCUAUGGAAUGUUUUAAACAUGUCUGUCUGUCCAAAUUUGUUUCAACAAUUAAAGCCACCAUGAAAUGCCU